AUGCUUUUCAGCCUCUUCUUCCUUUCAGCUCUUGUGGCUAGCUGCUCCGCUGUGGCGAUCCCCGGUGAGCACUCUCACGAUCACGACCUCGCCAUGGACAUGUCUCCGGUCCCCCGAGGCGUCCUCGACAAGCGCGACUCGUAUGACUGCAAGGGAAGCUCCCUCUGCUCGUCUCUCAAGGUCGCGUCCUGCGACGAUGCGGUGAACAAUAAGCUCAUCCGUAAUAACGACGUCAACUAUGGCGCUCCGGGGAGUGGAAGACCUAACACGGGAGCUUGCUCCAACAUCUUUGGCGGCUACGGAUGCGGCGUCUUCAUCCAGGGCAAGUCCGGUUGUGCUCGUACCGGCAACCAGAUGUGGUAUGAUUACCAGGAUAUCCGGGCCAACGGCUGCAGGGUCUGUGGCUCCAAGCACUGGGGCGAUGGAUGUUUGACCACCAUCAACUAUGUUUCUGGCUGCUAG